AUGCCUCUUGAGCUUGAGAUGAUACCACGCUUCAGCAACCUGCACUUCCUAUCUCAGCAAUCCGAGCAUGCUACUCAGGCUGAACUCUAUGUGGACAGUGCCUCCAAAAAAUUUCAAGAUGACAAAGCCGCUUUGGAACGUCUCCAGCUGCUCAUUCGCAGUACCAUUCAGAAGGACUUCACAGACUCGGAAUUGCCACAAUCUUGGAGACAGGCAACUGUCAAGGAGUCUGAGGCGGAAUCAGUGCUGUCCUCAACUCUACCACCUUACUUGAUCUCUCUUGACCUGCCACCACCUCCACCUCCCAAAACAUGGGAACCAGAGAUUGAAGACAAUGACAAACAAGCCCUCGUUCACCGACAACGGGCAGAGGCUGCUUCUAUCAAUGCCAAAGACAUCUUUUUGGCAGCGCUCAUAUUUGAGAGUAAUACACGCCGCACAAAACAGUCGCCAGUAAAGAUGAACACAGUGACCAAAAUCCCAGCGCCUCCAAUAAUGAUCUUGCGAUCUGAACAGGAGCUCCACAAGACACGACUGCCUGGGUCUCUGGAAGAGCUUGCACGCUUUCCAUAUGUUCAUGACAAAUCCACUGUUCUUCCAAAUGCGACGGUUCCAAAGCGCACAUACAUACCAGUCAUUGAUACCGAGGUUGAAGACUCCAAUGGUCCGAAAACCUGA